CUUCCGGAUGACAUGAGAGGUGCAGCGAUGCGUGUGGGUGCGAGCGACGCGCGGCCGCGGUCGUCACGAUGAGAAGCUAUGCCCCGUCGAAAGCGCAGGCUCGCGUCGCGUAUUAGAGCCUACAUACGCGGUCUCCUGUCAUUCCUCUUCAGCAAUGUCGGGGUCAUUGUACUCGUCGUCGCUUAUACUAUAGCUGGUGCGUUUAUGUUCCAAGCUAUAGAAGGCGAGAGCGAGAUGGAAAGAAUGACACAUAUGGCGUUAGAAAGGAACAACACAGCUGAGAACCUUUGGCAGAACGUUACUCUAGCACUCAACUUGUUCAACGAGACUGCUAUGAAAGAGAGGAUUACUAUAGAACUAAUACAUUAUCAAAAGAAAAUCGUGUUCGCUGUGCGUCACGGUUGGGACGGAGGCCGAUCGUCGAGGCAAUGGAGUUUCUCCUCGGCUUUCCUGUACUCCCUCACUGUUAUCACAACUAUAGGAUACGGUCAUUUAUCGCCCAGAACGAAUUGGGGUAAAGUGGUAACAAUAUUGUACACGCUUCUUGGGAUGCCUCUGUUCCUCCUGUAUUUAACUAAUCUUGGAGAGCUCCUAGCUCGGUGGUUCAAAUGCAUCUAUGCAUUGGUUUGCCACUGCAGGGGAUGUCCAGGAUUCACCAAAAGACGUGCUGCCAGAUUUAGACAGCAGUUGGAUAUAAGUGACGCUGAAAGUAUUGAGCGACCUCCACACUGGAGGUCUGGGUAUUUAGAUUCUGACUGCACUCCAGAAUACAGAAUUCCUCCGAAUGCUAGGGAUUUUCAAAGAAGGCCAGAUUACUUCCGCAGUGCGUCAAUGCCUCAGCCCUGGGAGAGGCGGGAGGUGCUCCCAGCACAGCCGCGGGGCUGGUCGGAGCCCCUCGCCUUCAGGACGGACUCGGAGGGCACCAGCGAAUUUAGCUAUGUCACUUUCGAUGCUCAAACGAUCACCGUGCCGAUCAGCGUCUGCGUAUGUAUUAUGGUUGGGUAUAUAAUAUUCGGCUCAAUGCUGUUCGGUAUGUGGGAGAAUUGGGACCAGCUGGACGGCGCGUACUUCUGUUUCAUAUCGCUCAGUAGUAUCGGUUUCGGCGAUUUUGUGCCCGGAGAAAGGGUCUACACGCCUCGCAUUGAGACGUCGUUCAUUGCGUGCUCCAUGUACCUCAUGCUGGGCAUGGCCCUGGUCGCGAUGUGCUUUAAUUUAAUGCAGGAGCAAGUGAUACAUUACUUUGCUGGUCUGAAGAGGGUUCUGAAGCGGGUUUCUCGCUGCAAGAGAUGACGUCACACCAGUCUUCAGCACCCCGACGUAUACGAUGUGGCCACGAAUUUGUCAGUAAACAAUAAAGACGUUUGUUAC